AUUUCAUCAUUCUCAAUCCCUAAUUUAGUAGUACUAUCUACAAAUGAGCAAUUAGUUGAGAUCCAUUUUUCCUCCUAAAUAUCCUCCCUUUAAAAAACAAAACAAAAAGGAAAUAGAGGAGUUGAAUUUGAAGCAUUUGUUAGGACGCGAUGGGUGAUUCACCUGAAAAAGGCGGCGGCAAAGGCCGCAUCAAAUGGGGCGACCCCUUCAGCAAGGGACGCGCGGCCGUGGAGUCUCUGGGGGCCAUCCUCCGGUACUUCCCCCCGCACCUGUCGUCGUCGGAGACCCCCGCCACCUCCCUCCUCCAGGACCCCGACGUGGCGACCCAGAUCUCCACCCUCCUCCGCCGCCCCGACUCCGGCGCCGUGAACGACAACCUGUGCGCGUGGCUCUACGACACGUUCCACUCCGCCGACCCCAGCCUCCAGCUGGUGGUCCUCCGCUUCCUCCCCAUCCUGGCGGGCGUGUACCUCACGCGCGCCGCCCUCAACAAGCCCCUCCCGGGCUUCGAGUCCGUCCUCCUCGCCAUCUACGCGCACGAGACCGCCGCCCGCAACGGCCAGGCCGCCACCGUCAGCAUCCCCGACCUCGGCCACCCCAGCGUCUACCACGAGGCCAAGCAGCCCCCCGCCAAGAACGCCUCCACGGAGCUCCACCUCGCCGUCAUCACCCCGAGCCUCGAGCCCCACGGCACCGUGCGCUCCACGCGCCGCGCCAAAAUCGUCGGCGUCGCCCUCGAGCUCUACUACAGCCGGAUCUCCCUCAUCCCCGUCGGCUCCAAGCUCGACUUCUGCGACUUCUGCCGGAUGUGGUCCGGCCACGACCCCGACGGCCGCCGCGGCCGGAUCAACCUCCCCUGGGAGCUCAUGCAGCCCAUUCUUAGAAUAUUAGGGCACUGCCUCUUCCGCCCCGCCAAGAACUACGACCUCUUUCAGGCCGCCUUCGCCGCCUGCCAGUGCAUGAACGCUAGGGCACAGCACGACAUGAAUGCCAAGGCCAUGCUUGCCACGGCUAGCCUCGUUAGGCUAGCCCACACGGCUAUGGAUCCCAUCUCCGACGUCGAUCACACCGAGUUACCCAUCACCAAUCAAAUAUCAGUUUAGAUUCUUUUUUAUCUCCAUCUACAUUUAGGAAUUAGGAGGAGCCUAGGGAUUUUUUUUUAUUAUUAUUACAAGUUAUAUAGACGACCUACUUUGUUACAAAAG